UAUCCCUCUCCCUUCUCUGUAAAACUCAAUAAAAUACAUUUAAAAAAUUAAAGUAUAGACUUAAAAUUUUAACAGUUUUCUAACAGUGUAUUUUGGAGAUUUUACAGCAGCAGUACAAAAGGAGCUUUCUCAUUCUUUUAUACACCUGCUUUGUAUUUCAUGUAUCAUAAUUUAUUUGCCCAUACCCCUGAUGAAAGACAUCUAAGUUGUUUCCAAUUUUUUUUUUUUUUGCUAUUGUGAGUAAUGCUGCAUUGGGUGAUGCCAUUUUACACAUGCAUACGGAGCUACUUUAAACUUAAAAAUGAGUCUUGACUCCUUCUGGUAGUUACCCUCCUGAUGUUAAAUAAUUUUGAUAUGUAUUAUGCUUUUAUUGCUGUUUCUUCUUUUCCUCCAAGCUUUUUUAUUUUGAAAAAUUUCAAGCUUAUAGAAAAGUUGAAAGAAUAUUUUGACCCCUUUGGAAAGUUAUAUUUUAUUUCACCUGUAUUUUUCUUUUUCUCUUUUAUGUAACAAACUUUGUUUCCCAGGGGUUGGUGCCAUCUACAUUCGCCGCCGGCCCCGUGUGCGUGUGGAGGCCCUGCAGAGUGGAGGGGGGCAGGAGCGGGGUAUGCGGUCUGGGACAGUGCCCACACCCUUGGUGGUGGGCCUGGGGGCUGCGUGUGAAGUGGCACAGCAAGAGAUGGAGUAUGACCACAAGCGAAUUUCAAAGUUAGCAGAGCGACUGAUACAGAAGAUAAUGAAGAGCCUUCCGGAUGUGGUGAUGAAUGGGGACCCUUAUCACCAUUACCCAGGUUGUAUCAACCUCUCCUUUGCCUAUGUGGAAGGGGAGAGUCUACUGAUGGCACUCAAGGAUGUUGCCUUAUCUUCGGGGAGUGCGUGCACUUCUGCAUCCCUGGAGCCCUCUUAUGUCCUUCGAGCAAUUGGCACUGAUGAGGAUUUAGCUCACUCUUCUAUCAGG